AUGGACGGAAUCGAAAAAGGCGACUUAGAACACAUGGACUUGGAACCGCCAAUGCCAGAAGAAGAGGAAGACGAAGAAAAUGAAAGCUCAGAGGAAGAGGAAGAAGACGACGAUGAGGAAAUGUCCAGUUCGAAUGGGAAAAACAAAGUCGCGCAAGAAGCAUUUAUUCCUGGAAAACACACGCUCAAAGAAGGCGAAGAAUUGGUCAGAGACGAGAGCGCUUACAAAUUAUACCACGAAUUUCAAACAGGCGCUCCAUGUCUUUCCUUCGACAUCAUUUCCGACGAUGUCAACCGCUCGAACGGCGCCUAUCCAGCUACUACUUUCAUCGUCGCCGGAACGAAUUCGCAAACUGCCCGAGAUCACUUGAUUGUCCUAAAGCUUUCGAACAUGCACGAACAAGAAGAGCCGAUUGACUUGGACGAUGACGAAGAAGAACCUCCUGUAGAUCCAGAAAAACGACCGGUGCUGAGCGCGGCGAUGGUGCGACAUGCAGGCGCGGUGAAUCGCGUCCGUGCAUGGAAUGCAGGCGAUCGCGUGCUCUGUGCAAACUGGUCUGAAAGAGCAGAGGUGCACGUUUGGGAUCUGGCUGAGCAGCUCAAGGCGACGCAUGAUAAGCAUGCAAUGAGCAAUUUCAUCAGUAAUCAUCAGAAAACACUAAAGCCGCUAUUCACCUUCUCGGGCUACCGAGCCGAGGGAUACGCGCUCGACUGGUCGCUAACCAAGCCAGGAAAUUUGCUAACAGGAGAUAACAGUAAAAACAUCCAUCAUUGGGCGCCAAAUGGAACGGAUUGGAAUGUAAAUCAAAGCUCGUUCACUGGACACCAAGCUGCAGUGGAGGAUAUUCAGUGGAGUCCGAUGGAAGCAUCAGUUUUUGCAUCGUGUUCUACAGACAAGUCAAUCAGAAUUUGGGAUAUUCGAGCGAAACCGAAUAACGCGUGCAUGAUAGCAGUGGAAAAUGCUCAUAGUUUAGACGUUAAUGGAAUCAGUUGGAAUCGAAAAGAGCCGUUUAUUGUAUCGGGUGGAGACGACGGAGUUGUCAAAGUUUGGGAUCUGAGGCAGAUUCAGUCCAAAGAGUGCGUCGCUCACUUCAAGCAUCAUUCAGGGCCGAUUACGUCAGUGGAGUGGUGUCCUCAGGACUCAAGCGUGUUCGCCGCGUCGGGAGAAGACAACCAAGUCACACAGUGGGACUUGGCGGUGGAAAAAGAAGGACACAGUGAAGAACCGGAAGUGCCCCCACAGCUACUGUUUGUGCAUCAGGGCCAGCAAGACAUCAAGGAAGUGCAUUGGCAUCCCCAAAUCGAAGGAAUGGAGAUUUUCGCUGACUUUGCUUACCCACCACCACCAAUGCCAACUGCAGUUGCAGCUUCAGUUCCAGCAGUAAAUGCGUAUCACUGCCCACCACCAGCAGUUCCAUCCGACCCGGAAGUCAUCCAAUACGACUAUUCAAAAGCGAGGGAUUACCCAAAGCAUCAAUACCUCUUUCCUUAUUCGACUUACACUCCUAAGAUACCGACAACAAUGAACGUCAAAAACGACGUACAAACAAAGACGGAGCCUGUUUCCACCGUUACAUCACCGAUUUGCCCUCCCAAAAACGACAAGCCAAAACAAGCAUUCCAAUUGCCUCAUCAAGCAGACACGAAUCAUUUAGUAGAGCAGAUUUUGCGCAACGACCACGUCGAUUUGGAAACGCUGAUCGGAAAGAAGACCUCCCGUCGAGGACGAAAACGAAAGUCAUCAGAGGAAGAGGAGCUUCAAACGCUUGAAUGCGAGGCUGAGACGGACGCCUACCGAAAGAAAAGAAUACGGAACAACAUCGCCGUGCGAAAAAGCCGGGAACGCGCAAAACUGAGGACGGAGAACACUCAAAAGAAGCUGAUCGAGCUUCAUUCGGAGACGCAGACGCAGAAGGAGCUCAUCAUUCACAUGCAACAACAGUGCAUCGAGCUCGAGACAAAAGCCUCAAGAGCUGAACGACGGCUGGAGGAAACACUCAAGUUCAACGUAAGAAUGCGCCAGUUCAUCAACAACCUCCCAGCGGAAAUGCAGCCUUGCUUCGCCGUCUGA